CAAGGAGACAAAUGUGACAACUUAUUGCAGUCUGACUGAAAACAAUGUGGAAAAAUAUAUGGAAUAAGGUGUUCAUGGUCCUGAUAAUGGGGAGCCUGUUAAUGCCCACUGACACAAAGUACAACAGUAGAGAAGGAAAGUCUCGGAGACGGAAACUGGAGUCUCAUCCUCGCCGGAAUGCCUCGUCUAUCAGAAUAUCCCCAGAUCCAAUGAUGACAGGUCCAGAAUCAGGAGUGAUGCCUGGUGCUGUUGAAAUUGACUUUGACAAGAGUAUCGAGGACAUGGUGUCUCAGGUCCGAAACAAUCCCAACUUAUCCAUAAACAAAUGUGUGGUGGAUCGCAAACUUUGGAUGUCAAACAGUCGCAGCCUUUCCCCCUGGUCCUACAGAAUCAACCACGAUGAGACCCGUAAACCCGUGGACAUCCCGGAGGCCGUGUGUUCGUGUGUGGGCUGCAUCAAUCCUUUCACCAUGCAGGAGGAUCGCACCAUGACCAGCGCCCUCAUCUACGCCAAGAUCCCCGUGCGCAGACUGCUGUGCCAUCGGCCAACCAGGAAACCGACGAAGCAGAAGAAAUGCGUUCCCCGUUACAGAUCGGUGGUGGAGAGCAUUGCCGUGGGGUGCACGUGCAUCGUGGGGUAGCUGAGUGGGACCAACAUAUUUCAGCCUGUAUUACUGCAAAUAAA